AUGGUUAUGACAAUGGAAGACGAAGAGUACAAUUACAGAGAAGUAAUUUUGCCUUCAUUGAUACCAGUAGUGCCAGAGCCAGCGCUAGAGAGGGAGACGGUGGAGAGGAGGAGAGGCAGAGAUAUAGUAAUAGCCGUGGAUCAUGGUCCCAAAAGCAAACACGCCUUUGAUUGGGCUCUUAUUCACCUCGUCAGGCUUGCUGAUACCAUCCACCUUGUCCAUGCUGUUUCCAGCGUCAGAAAUGAUAUUGUUUAUGAAACUAGUCAAGCUCUUAUGGAGAAGUUAGCUGUGGAGGCUUUUGAGGUUGCCAUGGUUAGUGAGAGUACAGCUCGAAUAGUCGAGGGGGAUGCCGGAAAGGUAAUUUGCAAGGAAGCAGAGAGGUUGAAGCCAGCAGCGGUGGUUAUGGGAACUCGUGGUAGAAGCUUAAUACAAAGUGUUCUUCAAGGAAGCGUGAGCGAGUAUUGCUUCCACAACUGUAAAGCCGCACCUGUCAUAAUUGUACCUGGGAAAGAAGCUGGAGAUGAAUCACUGAUAUAGGGGCAAUAAUUAACGUGAGAAACCAUUGGCCAUGAGAUUGAUUUGUUUGCUUGUAUGUAAUGUAGAUAGCUUGGUUGUUUGUAUGUGGUAACUACGUUACUGAGACACCUACCAAUUUAUUGUGUGUAAUUUUAUUGGUAUUUCUAUAUUGAAUUGCUUGAUUAGCAG